CAGCUACUUAGCCACACACAGCCCAAAGCACCGAGCGGCCGUCGAGCUUCCUUCCGCCCUCUGCAGCUGCCCCUCAAAACGUACGUGCUCGUGCGUCGACUCGUUGCCGCUGUAGUGGACCCAUCUAACCCCUCCUCUCUGUCGUCCUCCGCAGCUCAAAUGGCCUCACAGCAGCAGUUCGAGUCUGUCGCGGACGGAGGAGUAAGUACAGCCAUGUCCGCCUCCUCUGCGGCCUCUGCGUCCGCUUCCUCCUCCUCUUCGACGUCCGUAGCGACAUCAUCCAUCUCUAAUUUGAGUGGCCGACCCCCACUGCAGGACGCGUCGGCGCUGGAGAUCGCGUACAGUACCAUCUCGCCCAAGGUGGAGCAGCCUCCGUAUCCCAUGCAUAUCAAGCUCAAUCUCAUCGACCAGAACCCGCUAGCCUCCAGUCUUUCGACCAAUGGUGACUCAACGUCAUGCGAGAGUCCGUACCCCAUGACUCCCAUAACCCCUGGCGGGUACUCAUCUAGUGGCGGCGAUCUGAGCAAGAAGCAGCGCCACAAUCUGCGCGAACAGCGUCGCAUUCUGCGCAUCAGUAACCAGUUUGACAUCCUUCGCAACAAGCUCGAGGCCGCGGGUUACUCCUCCUCCAAGAAGGACAAAUACAGUGUGCUGCAGGCCACGCUCGAGUACAUCUCCAACCUCGAGCGCAACCAGAUCGGAGGCGUGGCGCCCCACCCCCAGAUGCCGCACCACAUGCAGCACCCGUCGCCGCACCCGAACGGUGGCGUCCCGCACCAUCUCCCAUCGCCGUGCAGUGAGUCGGGCGGGCGGUUGUCCAUCACGGCGCCGUCUCCCAGCCACGUCGACAGCAAAGGCCAAGUCUUCAUGAUCGAUAGUAUGCCAUCGCCUGUGCCGGCGCUGUCCAUACCAGGGAUGCAGCCUCAGACCUCGUACCCGCUGGACAUGGACAACAUGUAUGGCGGCGCUGCCAAUGGCGCCUCGAACGCCAGCGUUAGUGAGAUCGAGGGCUCCGCUGCCUCAUAUCGCGACGUGUUUGCCAACAGUAGUAUGCCCAGUCUUCUAGCAAAGCUGGAUGGUACCAUUGUCGAGGCGAACGCGCUGUUCCUAGAGCUGUGCUGCAAGAAUAUCGAUGAGCUUCGCCUACACAGUCUCUACACAAUGUGCACCGCAAUGGACGCGCCCAAGAUGUACAACCUGGUUGGUAAGAUCCUUUCGUGCGAGAUGGCGUCGGCACAGAGCAAGAUGAUGUGGCAUUUCUCGAGCACGGGUGACCGAAAGGUGUUUGUGUCCGUGUCGAUGAUCCACGAUAGCAUGCACCGCCCUGCCAACCUGCACUGCAGUCUCUUGCCGCUGUCAUGAACCCCACCGCAGACCCAGGCUAGGUCAACUAUAGCGCAGUGAGGCGAGUUCCCCUACUAAUAGGGGAUUCCCUUCAAAUCGGUCAAGUUUCUCGGUCUGGAGAUUCCAUGGCGCGCGCCGGCUUACUUCAACAUGGGGCGCGAGUGCAGCGAGCUUGUCUUCUUUCAGAGCGGUACUUUGGGGUGAAUUAGUGAGGCAGAACCGCGAGCACUGUGCAUGUUUAGGCUUUAUCUUUUUGCAUGAGCUGUACCAUACGAAGCCUCAGCGCAACGAUAGUGGCGAUGGGGCUCACUGAAAAGAAAAGGAGAGAAAGCAACCACUACCAGCAUAAAAAAGCAUACAUUGACGCUAUUUAUCAUCGGUGCGGUGUUGCUCUUGCUUGUGCGUGUCCACGAUUCCGAAC